CGGCGAGUGAGGGAAGCUGCUCACGUCAUUUCCCUCCGCGCCGGAAGUGACGCCACUGAGCAGCGCCAGGGACCCGCAGCAGCGUGGGCGCCGCAGCCAUGACCCGGUCCCGCCGACAGGUGGAGGCGUCGCGGAAGAAGCGCGUCCAGGCCCGGCGCGCCCGCGGGGGGAUCAAGAAGGACCCGGGGGUGCCGCAGCUCGGCCGCUUCGCCGCCUUCGUGCGGCAACAGAGCAAGAACCGGCAGGGACGGGCGCUGCAGGUGCAGCCCCGCUCACACCUGGCCGCACACCUGGCGGACGCUCUGCAGCGACAGCAGCACUUCCAGAGCCAGGAGAAGAAGGAGGAGGAGGAGGAGGAGCCCCCCCAGCCCCCCCAGGACGAGGCGGCGCUGCGACAAUUCGGGCGGGAGCUGCGCAAGGUGCUGGCGGCGUCUGACGUGGUGCUGGAGGUGCUGGACGCCCGCGACCCCCAGGGCUGCCGCAGCCCCCGGCUGGAGGGGGCCCUGCGGCCCCAGCAGCGCCUCGUGCUCGUCCUCAACAAGAUCGACCUGGUGCCGCGGGACGUGGUGGCCGCCUGGCUGAAGCACCUGCGGGCCCAGUGCCCCACCGUGGCCUUCAAGGCGUGCACGCAGCAGCAGAGCCGCAACCUGAAGCAGAGCCGGGUGCCGGCGGCCGCAGCCCCCGAGGAGGUGCUGGCAGGGGGGGCCUGCGUGGGGGCCGAGAGCCUCCUGCACAUCCUGAGCAACUACGGGCGCUGCGGGGGCAAGCUGCUGCGGAAGAUGUCCCAGCGGAAGCGCAGCAAAGGACUCGGCUCCUCUCAGAUGAACGAUGCGGAGGAUGAUUUCAUCCCGACCCAGACCGAGCGGCACUCCCAGGACCAAGUGAACCAGAAGGUGAGUGAGCUGGUUCAGUUCCUGCUGGUGAAGGACCAGAAGAAGAUCCCUAUCAAGAGGGCAGACAUGCUGAAGAACGUGAUCCGGGAAUACAGAGAUGCCUACUCGGAAAUCCUCAACAGGGCGGGCAGGACCCUGCAGCAGGUGUUCGGGCUGCAGCUGGUGGAGAUCGACCCCAAGCGCCACACCUUCAUCCUCAUCAACAACCUGCCCCGUGCCCAGGGCGAGCACCUGUGCAGGGACAAGGAGAAGCAGAAGAUGGGGCUCCUCUUGAUCAUCCUCAGCUUCAUCUUCAUGAAGGGCAACUCAGUCAAAGACAGUGCUCUGUGGGAAUUCCUGCACCAGCUCCGUGUGUACCCAGGGAAGCAGCACAGCGUCUUCGGGGACGUCCGGAAGCUGGUGACGGAGGAGUUUGUGCGGCAGAAGUACCUGGAGACCACCCCCAUCCCCCUGACGGACCCCCCCGAGUCCAAGUUCCAGUGGGGGCCACGGGCAGAAAAGGAGACCUCCAGGAAGGACGUGCUGAACUUCGUGGCGAAGAUUCAGGGCAAGGACCCCACGUUUUGGGCGAGCCACGGGAAGAUCUCAUACUACACCCACCCCCCCAAAUCGCAGGGGGUGCAGCUGGAGGCCCAAAUCCUGCCGGCGCUGGGGCCCGCGCUGGACCUGGAGGCUCUGGAACGGGGCGAUGCCGAGGCCCUGGCAGCUGUCCCGGUGACGGUGGCGGGGCUCGGGCUGGCUGCGGGCGAUGCUGAGGAGGACGGGCCAGCAGAAGCCAUGGAGGACGACAGCGGUGACCUGGAGCUCAGCACCAUGACAGUGGAGCUCAAGCCCCGGGUGAAGUCGGGGGGCACUGGGGGGGAUCCAGUGCCCCGAGCCCCCAAUCUGGAGGAGGUGGCUGCGCUCCCCCCUCUGCUCCAGGGCCAGGGGCUGCGGGCAGCUGGGAAAAGGAGGAAAAAACUGCAAAAAAGAGCAGAGAAAAUCGCCACGAAGCUGUCGGAGACGCUGGAGGCAGCCAUGCAGUUCUGAGGCUUUUAUAAAUUAAAUUGCUGUAUUUAAAUGAGAAA